CUUUUCCUUCUGUGGAGUAAUUUCUCUCAAAAAUUUGUGAAUAUUCUGUGUACCAUUUAGCUUAAAGUCAUCAAAAGUAUUGGAAAUUAAGCAUGACUAUAGAUGUUACAUCUUGUUUGGAUUGUGUGAAUGCAGAGCCACCAAAUUCAAUCCUCACCAUUCCACCACCUCCAUUACCAUCAUUUCUACUUCCAAAAAGCUCUGAAUUGAUUUCUGGCAACAACCAGUCAGCGCCAUGCUUUGCUGCUUUUAUGUGUAAAUCCACAAUUAAUGGGCAAUCGGAUCAUAUCGAGUUUAUUGAACUCCCACGUAACGCAAACAUAGGCAUCGAUGAGCCAUGGUUCUUUGUUUUGAUUUCAAUUGUAUGUGCUGUUCUAUUCAUUGGAACUAUAUUGGCGAUUAUUUUAUUGAAAUGUCGUGAGAAUGAUUGCUCGUAUCAUGAUACAAACUUGAAGCAUCAAAUGACAUAUCCAAGAGAUCGUGAUGCGAAUGGCAACAAUAAAGGACUUGGAUAUACAGUGGGAAAUUCUCAAUUAAUGCCUGCUUAUAAUCCACCAUUGCCUGUUUUGUGGGCAACAUUAACGCCUCAAGGAACAACGCAACAUUUCAUUGCACCAGAACCAUAUCCACAAGAAGAUCAUUACGAAGCUGUUGACUACAAUCGAAAGGCUUAUCAAGCGUGUGUUAAUGACUUGAAUAAAUCAUUUACAACGCCAAAGAAGAACCUUACAAUUAAUCCAAAUAAGGGUCAAUUUGAAAAUAAUGGAUUUAUUGAUUACGAAGAUUAUGCAGAUCCAUCACCACUAAUUGUUGCUGGAUCUUAUAACAAUUUGGAUUCAGAAAUUGAUUCUGGUAUAUCCGGAGAAUAUCAAGAUCCACAACAAUUCUCAUCAAAUCCAAGCACAAAUGGUGAAUAUUAUCCGAGUAAUGGUUCCAUUAGCAGUACUCAUUACCGAUCAUCACCAGCAUUAUCAUUGAAUCGUCAACGCAUGAUAUCGACACCUACUCGCAUCGCUAAUCCAAAUGUCGUCAUUCCACCACUCAAUAGCCGAACGCUAGCUAAGAACAUCAAGAAUGCCACAAUGAAUCAUCAACCAUCACCAAAUUAUAACAAGAGAAUUUCUGCAACUUUAAAUCAUCGUCGCUCGGUUGAGAAUCAGUAAAUAGACAUAAUGAGGUACCAUAAGAAUAUAUAAUUAGAAUUUAAUAGUUUACAAAA